AGCCGGAGAGCCAUGGGGGAGGCUGCCAGCCCCGCGCCCGCGCCCGCGCUCUGGGACUGGGACUACCUGGACCGCUGCUUCGCCCGCCACCGCGUCUGCAUCUCCUUCGGCCUGUGGAUCUGCGCCUCCUCCUGCUGGAUCGCCGCCCACACGCUGCUUCUCUAUCUGAGAUGUGCAAAGAGAUGCGGACGGGACCAGUCAGUGCUGUGUGCUGCGUGCUGCCUCCUGACCAGCCUCUGUGACACCAUCGGGGCCAUUCUGGCCAGACAGCUCACCAUCCAGGUGCGUCGGGCCCACAGGUGACAGUGGCUUCUGUCCGGUUCCAUCACCGUCAAGGUGCGGUUUCGCCUCAUGUCUGUGCUCUUGUUGGUGUUUCUGCCCCCAUCC